UGGACCCCUUUUGCUGUUGAAGAAUUAUAAAGCGGACAGGAGUGAACACACCCAACCUGGUCCUGGAUCCAGGAUCAGGAAGCUACUGGAGGGAGUUACAUGUAAUAGCAAGAGAUAGAUAGAUAGAGUGGCGUGAGAAAUCAGUUUAAUUCAAUCGAGUUGUCGCUAUAAAUCCACAUCAUUACCAGGGCCACAUCUCCCAUGUAUACAUACACUACAACACAACACAUGUAUGUGUAUGUAUAUGUAAGAUGAUGUGGUUGUUUUUAAGUGGAAAUUAGAUGAAACAUAAACCCCUUUCCGUUACCUGAUUCUCAUAUUUGUAAAUUGUAACCCACCCUGUUGUUCACUUUACAAAUUUAAGUUCAAAGCCAAUUACUUGUGGAAUUCUUCAUUUUCGAGCUGGGAUUUUCAGCUGCUCAUUACCUCACUUGUGUAUUGUGUACAAGUUUCGUGGGUUUUGCCCUUUUUGGCGGAAGAUAUAACUACUUUGGUUGUCGUGUUCGAAAAUGUUGAAGAGAUUUCUUUCCGAGGUAUUGGUGGAAACACAUGGCGGGGAAUCUAUGCUUGGGAGUAUCAAGAUUGCGGUUUUGCCUAUUGCGAAAGUCUUUACUAUUUGCGCCAUGGGACUCCUCAUGGCUUCCAAAUAUGUUAAUAUUUUGCCUGCAAGCGGAAGGAAGCUUCUUAACGGGUUGGUCUUUUCACUUCUUCUCCCAUGUCUGAUCUUCUCUCAACUUGGACAAGCAAUCACUUGGGAGAAAAUGCUCGAGUGGUGGUUUAUUCCUUUUAAUGUUAUUCUUGCGACAAUAUCAGGCUCACUGAUAGGCUUACUUGUUGCUACCAUCAUCAAACCACCAUAUCCCUUUUUCAAGUUCACUAUUAUCCAAAUUGGAAUUGGGAAUAUUGGGAACGUGCCACUUGUUUUGGUUGCCGCUCUCUGUCGGGAUAAAGCAAAUCCCUUUGGUGACUCAGAUCAAUGUGCUCAAGAUGGGAAUGCUUACAUAUCAUUUGGCCAAUGGGUUGGCGCAAUUGUCCUUUAUACUUACGUAUUCCAAAUGCUAGCACCUCCGGAGGAGGGGACUUUUGACAUUGAAGAACGUGCUAUUCCCCUUAGGAGCACUGACAAGGAUAAUUCUCCGGAGCAGAUUCCCUUGCUUUUAGAAGAAUCUGAAUUUGCAGAUUCAAGUGUUACAGAGAGAGGAAAGAUCAAAAGCUUACUGCAUUUUCUUUAUGAGAAAUUAAAGCUCAAGCAAAUCCUUCAGCCUCCUAUUAUUGCUUCUGUACUAGCCAUGGGAAUAGGAAUUGUACCAUUUCUGAAGGGACUGAUCUUCGAACCUGAUGCUCCGCUUUACUUCUUCACAGACAGCUGCUUGAUACUCGGGGAUGCCAUGAUACCAUGCAUUUUAUUGGCCCUAGGAGGAAACCUUAUUGAUGGGCCAGGCAGUUCAAAACUCGGUCUUAAGACAACUGCUGCUAUUAUAUUUGGGCGGCUUGUGCUGGUUCCCCCAACCGGACUUGGCAUUGUAAUGUUGGCGGAUAAGCUUGGCUUCCUUCCUCCUGGUGAUAAGAUGUUCAGAUUCGUCCUUCUCCUCCAGCACACAAUGCCAACAUCUAUACUUUCUGGUGCUGUUGCCAAUCUAAGAGGCUGUGGGAGGGAGGCAGCUGCUAUCUUGUUCUGGGUUCACAUAUUUGCUAUUUUCUCUAUGGCUGGCUGGAUAAUUCUCUAUCUGAGCAUACUCUCUUAGAGCUGAGUAGUUGUAUAUAUAAAAAGUGGGAUGGAUGCAUCAGCUGUAAAUUAUUGAGUUGUUGUUUUAUCAUUAAUGACAUGAGUCUGUUGUUGCCAAUGAUCAAAAUGAAGACUGCACUGGUUGUAAAAGACCUCUCCAUGUGGAUUUAAAAUAAAUUGCAAGAGAACAAAAUGAUAGUAAGGGGGUUAAAUGCCAGUUUAUUCGAUUAUUUUGUUA